GUCGGUUGUGGCUGUGGUGUUUUGUUGGUUCUUGAACAGUUCGGGACUGGUCGAUCGAGGUCGGGUUCCCUCCACGCCAAGCAUUUCCAUUAUCAGCACGCCAAGAUAUUAGUCCUAGAGUGGGGUGACAGGACCCUGAACCGAGCGGGCCGGACGGUGCACGAACAAUCCGGGGCAAGCACGGUCCACCCAACCCCCGCAGGAAGAAGGUUCAACGGUGAAUGCCUAGCAGAACUUGGUGUGAGCCUUUCAUCGGCUGUUCUUUCCUCUUCUCCCUGUCCAGCUGAAAUGUUAAGGUAGGGGUGAAAUCUGGAUGCCUGGAUAAGACCUUGACGAAAUCCUCCUGCUCUUUCUCCGCAUCGCGCUUUUCUUCCGCGUCGAGCAUUCAACGGCGCCACUAUGAGUGAUGCAAUGGAGGUGGAUUCCGAGGUGGAUGGGCCUCGCGGUGCCAAGAGGAAGGCUGAUGCUCUUGACGACAACACCCCCCAACGUCGAAUCAAGCCCCUGGACGAAGAUGUCAUCAACAAAAUUGCUGCCGGGGAAAUCAUCGUGGCUCCCGUGAACGCCUUGAAGGAGUUGAUGGAGAACUCUGUCGACGCGGGAUCAACCACCGUAGAUGUUUCGGUGAAAGAGGGAGGCUUGAAGUUACUACAGAUCACUGAUAAUGGCUCUGGUAUCGAGAAAGAAGAUCUGCCAAUAUUGUGUCAACGUUUCACGACGUCCAAGCUCCAAAAGUUUGAAGACCUUCAGACCAUCGCUACCUAUGGUUUCAGAGGCGAGGCCUUGGCCAGCAUCAGCCACAUUGCCCAUCUUACCGUGACUACGAAAACACGGGACUCAGAGUGUGCCUGGAGGGGUCACUAUGGCAGCGGAGUGUUAGUCCCAGCCAAACCUGGCCAGUCUCCUGACCCAAAGCCUGUAUCUGGCCGACAAGGCACCCAGAUUACCGUUGAAGAUUUGUUCUUCAACGUUCCUACAAGACGGCGUGCGUUUCGAUCACCAGCCAACGAGUACAACAAAAUCCUGGACAUGGUUGGGAGAUAUGCUAUCCAUUGUACCGGUGUGGGUUUCACAUGCAAGAAACAUGGCGAAUCAUCCAAAGGCAUCUCCGUAUCUCCAACAGCGCCAUGUCUGGACAGGAUCAGACAAAUCUACGGCGCAAGCGUUGCCAACGAGCUCACCGAAUUCGAGACGAAAGAUGAUCAAUGGGGGUUCAAGGCAAAGGGGCUUGCCACCAACGCCAACUACAGAACCAAAAAAACUACCUUGCUGUUGUUCAUUAAUAACAGAUGUGUUGAGUCAACCAACAUCCGCAAGGCACUCGAGCAGACCUAUGCGUCAUUCCUCCCCAAAAACGGUCAUCCGUUUGUAUACCUCAGCCUUGAGAUAGACCCACGCCGGGUCGACGUCAACGUCCACCCAACCAAACAAGAAGUUAACUUCUUGAAUGAAGACGAAACCAUUCAAGCAGUAUGCGAACACUUGCGCUCCAAACUAGCCGAGGUAGAUGCCAGCAGGACCUUCCUCACCCAGACCCUCCUCCCAGCAAGCAGCCGGGCUGCCUCCUCCACUCAACUGCCACCAGCCCCCUCUGCACCCUCUAUGGCGACCCCGGCUUCCAGUCGAAGAGCCCCUCCUAGAAGCGACACCAGCCUCGUCAGGACAGACACAAACCUUCGGAAAAUCACGAGCAUGCUCCCCCCUGCCAGACCAGGCGGCAGCACGCCAUCCCGCCCAGGCCCAGAGCCCAUGGAAUUUGACACGGCACCCGAGCCUCGUCAGCCCACAUCUUGUCAUUUGCACAGCAUCAAAGAGCUCCGCGCAGAAGUCCGCGAGGAGAUGCACAACGAGCUCACUGAUAUCUUUGCCAACCACACUUUUGUCGGAAUUGUUGACGAGCGCCGCAGGCUGGCUGCUAUACAAGCUGGCGUUAAGCUCUACAUGAUUGACUACGGCCGGGUGUGUUACGAAUACUUUUACCAGUCAGGGCUAACAGAUUUCGGUAAUUUUGGUGCGGUACAAUUUCAGCCUCCUCUUGACAUUCGCAACCUACUGUCAUCGUCCCCAAAUCUCCUCACUGAAUAUGAAGAAGAGCAGGAUGAUGAUGAGGAAGAGGACAUUGACCCCGAAGAAAAGGCCGAGAUCAUAGAGGCUGUGGUGGAGAAGUUGAUUGAGAGAAGAGAAAUGUUGCUGGAGUACUUUAGUUUGGAAGUAUCUCCCGCGGGAGAGUUGUGCAGUGUGCCGCUGUUGGUCAACGGGUAUGAGCCACCUUUGACAAAGUUGCCAGGGUUCUUGGUGAGGUUGGGGCCUUGUGUCAACUGGACGGAGGAGAAGGCUUGUUUUGAGAGCUUCCUGAAGGAGCUGGCUGGAUUUUAUGUACCAGAGAGGUUGCCGCUGAAGAAGGUAGCCAAAGAGGAGGAUGAUGGGACGCUGGAUAGUGCUGAUGAGAGGGAAGAAGAUAGUAAAGGGGAAGAGGAAAAGAGAAUUGAUGCGAGGAGGAGAAAUGUGAAAUGGGCGUUGGAGCAUGUGCUUUUCCCGGCGUUUAAGGCGAGGCUGGUCGGGACGAAAGGCAUCAUGGAGGCCGGGGGUGUGGUGGAGGUGGCGGAUUUGAAGGGGCUGUACAGAGUCUUUGAAAGGUGUUAGGUAAUGGAUGUUGAAAUUGGGGUUGUUGGGGAACAUGGGUAGAAUAUACGGGGAUGCUUUUAAAUUUAUUCUUGUUCAUGGCUGGCAUUUGUAU